GUUUAUUAUAUAUCUAGUCCAUUCAUUGCACAUUCCUCCAAUUACUCUGCUCUCAAUUCCCCCAAAAUUAUAAACCCUAAACUCUCACUUCCAUGCCAUUAAUCUCUUGAGAGUUUGAUGUGGUAGCUGCAGAGGUGGAGGUUGCGUGGUAAUGGCAGAAUGUAUGGCAUCUCCACUUUGUAUGAAGCUGCAAACUCAGAGGAGUAUCCCCACAGGGAGGCCCCGGAGUUCCAAUCCGAAAAUCGCGCAAAGGAAGUUUAUUGGAAGUGGCAAAACUGUUCGAUUUCCAAUGUGGGAAAGGUGUGACUUUACUGCACCUGGCUUCUCAAAGUUGAAGGUCGGUCCUUUUUCCGGGGAGGUUGUUUUGAGGCGUAAUUGCUUGCGGACUCUGAUAGGAUCUGAUGGUGCGACUGCAUCAGAUUGGGUUCCUAUUGUUGAUCAACUGCUUUUGACGGCCAGUGUGUUUCUCACAUACAUGGCUGGAGCAAUUCCUGGUUACAACUCUAGUCCACCUUUUCUGAAGAAUAUCAAUGACAACGCAGUUCCUAAGACUUCAAACGCUUCUGGUAGGGCUAAAAAGAACAAUGAUAUAGAUUCAGGUUAUCCCUUGGAUGCGGUGAAAAAGAAACUUUUAUAUUCUCUUGAAGCACUUGAACUAGGAGACAAUAUUGGAAGUAAGGUCCUUCAACCUGAAGGGUAUUAUACAAAGAGACCCCUAAGUUUGAAUGCUAUUGCUGAUGGUCCCCGACUACGGUUGCUGUGGGCAUCAUUGCAACAAAUUGAGGAAGAGGUCAAAUCUAUCUCCAAUUAUCGAACUGGUAACUUGGGUGAUUGCUUGACGGAUUUUUCUGGUGUCAUACAAAAAUCCUGUCUCCCUGUAUGCACUAGCUGGCUAGAAACAGAACUUGGCCUUUUAAACAGCAAACCUAACAAGGCACUUGUUUUGCUGAUGGAUGCAAAAUUAAGCGGCGACAACGCUAUCUUACAGAACAUCAGGAACUCUGGCAAGGAAGAUCUUUAUGCAGAACUGCUGUACUUUCUUAGUUUUGGUUCGCUUAGGGAGGGUUGCUCUUACAACAGUGACCUGUUCAUGGUCCAUGGAGUUUCCAUACUGGAAGACUUGAUGAUAACUUUAUCAGAUGGGAUAGUAAGCAUAUAUUUGGAGCUUAUUUCUGUUGAUAGCGAUUUCUCAGAUGAAAUGGAUGGUGUGUCUUUGGCAUUGUGUCCUUUGUCAACACGAGCACUACAAAGAUUACGUAAUGAGGUGGCUUUGUACCAAUGGUUGUAUCAAAAUCUGGAAGCAGUUGCAUCGAUGUAUGAGGAUCGGUUCGACUUAUGGACAUUUGAGAGUCAACUCAUGAAGAAAGUAGACAAAAGCUGGAAUGGAAACUACAGUUGGUGGAAGAGACUUACCCAUAAAGAAUCUGACACUUCGUCGUCAACGGUAGAUCGUGUUUCAAUAAUUAACUUUUCUAUGCCUGUGAAGCGAACAAAAGAAUUGAGGGCCCUCACAGGCUGGAGGUACUACUUCAGUCUAUUCCUCGAGUUAUCUGAUAUUAGCAUGCCUUUGGUCAGAGCAGUCGUUGAUAAAGUAAGCAAGGCUAUGUCAUUUUUCCUAGUCUGCUUGAUUGGGAGGUCAUUAGGACUCAUUUAUACUGGAAUUAGACAGUCUCUAAGAUGGAAGUGAUUGACGGGUAUUUUUUUUUUCCGUUGUUUAUUGCAAUAUCAUUUGUCAUCUUUUUCCUUUGCUAUUGCUGAUUUGAUCUUAAAAUUGUAAAUUGCAUAUGAUAAACAGAAGUGCUCUUAUUUGGGACAUUGGACGCAACCCGUUUUACUUGUACACAUUGAUCUGAGAAAUCAUAAUGAGAUU